CCUCCGCCCGUCCCUCUGCUGCUUCCCGUCCUGCUGCACUUCCGUCCUGCACACUAGCUACUCCCAUCUUCACGGCAAGCUCCAGUCCGAUCGUCCCCGUCCAAGCUCUUACCAAGAGGAAUGAGAUUGCCGCCAAGUUCCGAUAUGCUCCAUUAGUUGAUGAGCAAAGAAUGAGUUUUAUAUUUGAUGACCAUAGUGUGACGAAUGCAUAUGCAAGGGUCGCAACUCCCUCGUCUCAAGUUGAUGCUUCUCAAAUUAACAUUGAAGAGGGUAAUGAGGACGGCUCGGGAUGUGAGUUAGAUGUUAACCAAGUUGCACCCACCAAUGUUUCAUCUAAAGGUCGAAAGAAGAGAUCAUGUCCUUAUUCACCGAGUCCCAAGAUGGUCCAAAAGGCGGUAAAAGAUAGUGAUGAUAAAAUGGUAUUUAACCGUAUGGUUGACCUUUGGGAGAGGAGGGAGAUUAGCCGCAAUUCGGCGACGUCUCAAACAAAUGUGGAUCAUGUGAGAGAUGAGAUAAAAGAGAUGACGACCAUGGUGGUGAACGAUGGAGGUCGUCCCGGAAGUGAUGUGUAUUUCUAUGCUCUACAACUGUUUACGAAGAAGGAACAUCGUGAUGUGUUCAGUGCCCUCAAGGAUGAGACUGCUAGUGUGAGGCUUGAAUGGAUCAAGACGACAUGGGAUCUCUUUAUGAAAAAGAUUAGAACUUCUGUGAUGUUAUUUUCUUUGAACAAAAUUACUUGCUAUCGACUUGUACUGUCGUGA